ACUCCACAGUCUGAGUAUGAAACGCAUGUAAUGGCAGGCUUUAUUCAACUAGUGUACUUGAUACCAGCAAGCUCCACGCUGAAAAGAAGCUUGUAAAUAAAGCACAGUGAAAGUGAAUCAUGAUCCUGUCUCGUACUAAGCCUGCCAAUCAGAAAUCAAUUGGGGUUACCCUGCCGCCAGCUUCGUUCAAAAAAGAAAUACCGACCCUGGAAGAGUUUCUUACCCUCAGGGACUAUACAGGAGCGCUGACACUGUUGGAAUUUGAACGCAGCUGUGGAACACAGAAGACAGAAAACGAUCUGUGGAUCGCAUAUUGCGCGUUUCAUUUGGGAGACUACAAAAAGGCAGCAGAAGAGUACAAAAAACUUCUAGAUGUUAAGGACGCCCCGUCAGAAGUGCCCAUUUAUCUGGCCUGCUGUUACUUCUUUCUUGGAAUGUAUGAUGAGGCAAGGCAGACGGCAAAAGAAGGUCCAAUAUGUCGCUUGCAAAACAGGCUGUUGUUUCAUCUAGCACAAAAAUUUAACGAUGAGCGGCUUCUGUUGAAUUAUCAUAAUUCCCUGGCCGAUGUAUUGGAGGAUCAGUUAUCUUUGGCAUCUGUACACUGCCUUCGGAGCCAUCACCAAGAGGCAAUUGACAUUUACAAACGUAUCUUGUUGGAUAAUCGCGAAUUCUUAGCUCUCAAUGUGAACAUCGCUCUAUGCUACUACAAAAUUGAUUAUUUCGAUAUUUCCCAAGAAGUGUUGAGUAUGUACCUACAGAAAUAUCCGGAUAGCGCCACUGCCAUCAAUCUGAAGGCAUGUAUCAAUUUUCGGCUCUACAAUGGAAAGGCCGCGGAAGCUGAGCUUAAAGCAUUACAAGAAAUGGCUUCACCAUCUUUCACCUACGCACAAGAUUUGAUAAAACACAAUUUGGUUGUCUUCCGUAACGGCGAGGGGGCUCUUCAGGUAUUACCACCACUUUUGGAUGUGCUACCAGAAGCAAGACUGAAUUUAAUUAUUUAUCAUUUGAAAAACGACGGGAUACAGGAGGCAUACGAGUUGACCAAGGUAAUUGAGCCAACCACACCACAAGAAUACGUGCUUAAAAGUGUAGUGAACGCCAUUCUGGGGCAAGAUCAAGGGUCCCGAGAACAUUUAAAAAUAGCACAACAAUACUUUCAACUGGUUGGUGGGUCGGCAAGCGAAUGCGACACUAUUUCCGGACGCCAAUGUAUGGCAUCCUGUUUCUUUCUAUUACGACAAUUCGAAGAUGUGCUCGUCUAUCUGAAUUCAAUCAAAAGCUACUUCUACAACGAUGACACAUUCAAUUACAAUUAUGCACAGGCCAAAGCUGCGACUGGGGCGUACAGAGAAGCCCAGGAGGUUUUCUCGUUAAUUCAGUCCGAGCGAUUAAGGUCAGAUUACACCUAUUUGAGCUGGUUGGCUAGAUGCUACAUCAUGAACAAACAGGGUCGUCUUGCUUGGGAGUUGUAUCUAAGGAAGGAAACUUCAGCGGAGUCGUUCAGUCUGCUCCAGUUGAUAGCGAACGACUGCUACAAAAUGGCACAAUUCUACUAUGCAGCAAAAGCGUUCGAUGUAUUGGAGCGACUGGAUCCCAACCCGGAGUACUGGGAAGGCAAGAGAGGGGCGUGUGUCGGAGUGUUUCAACUAAUAAUCGACGGUCAGGAGCCAAAAGAACGACUGAGAGAAGUGAUCCAAUUGCUGAGAAACACAAACAACCCACAAACGGAAUACUUUAUACGAGUGAUGAAAAAAUGGGCGAAAGAGAACAGAGUUACGGUGUGACGCAGCAUGGUGCACAGCGCAAUAUCCCAUUGCCAAGUUACUGGUUCGUUUCAGCAAAAUGAAAUGUCAAUAAAUGACUCCCCAUUUCAUUUGACGCUCUCAGAUUCCAUUUGCAAAACAGACAAACUCCAGACAGACAAGACACGGAAAGUGAUGCAAUGAUAAAUAAAUUUGCAUAUUAACCGACUGACUGUAAAGCGCGUAACAGUGAGCCAAUCAUGAUGCCCACUUUCCUAUAGAUGUAAAUUUGCGUACCGCGACCUCAUGUGGAGAAUCGGUGAGACUAUUUGUUUAAGUUGCGUUGCCCACAAUAACCACAGGAUAGAAAGGAGUUCGUGUCGUCAGGUCCACUCCUUACUCAUGAUAACGUGAGAGCAGACGUGCAAGUCAGGAAACCAUACUACGAUAGACACAACAGAAAGGAUUUACGCCAAAUUGCAAAUUUAAUUCUUUCAAAAGGUAAAGUCUAUUACAGGCAAAAUAAAAUGGGUCAG